GGUGUGCCUUAAUAUCAUUCUCCCCUGCCUCUGCAGGGGGCGAUCACCAUCCCAUCUGUGUCUUGGAAACUAAUCGAUAAUGGAAGGAAAUCUUGAGGCAAAGGACGGUGGUGGCACUCCGCGUCGAAAGAGGGUGCUUUCCAUUAAGGGGGCCCUCUCAAGAAUUAAGAGGAAGAAGCUUGGAGGCUCCACCAGAUCCCUUAGCAGCCUCAGCCAAUCUCCUUUUGAUGGUGACGGUACCCUCAAGAUUCCAUCCAGAAGCAACAACACAGACUUCUUCGCCGACGACUCCUCCUAUUCGCCGUCUCCGUCCAGCAGCAGCCGCUAUUCUUCCAACCAGGCGCUGAACGAGAUGGUGCAGGGCGACGACGACGGCGAGAUCAAGCAGGACAAUGUGGUUGCUGUUUCUCUUGAGGAUGGUGAUUCGAUGAUUGAUGCUAAGGCUGACGAGUUCAUUGCUCAAUUCUACAGGCAGAUGAGGUUGCAGCGCAUGGAUCACAUGGAUCCUCUCUACAGGGAGCGCAGCCACAGAUCCUUGGGAUGGUGAUCCAUCUUCAAUCAAACAACACAAACAAACAUGCUUCUUCUUCAUUAUUAUUAUUAUUAUUCUGUUUCGGUUAUACACUACAAUUCCCUUUCACAUGUAUAAGAUUUAAUGAUUUAGUUUCACUUUUUUUUCUUAUUUAUGUUAUUGGGGAAAUUCAAGUUUCAUUUGGAUAUAUUAGCAAAGCUAGCGGCGUGUUUGUUUGUGUGUGUGAAGAUGAAAUGGAGAGACAAGCAUGCAUACCAUGGACCUAUUUGUAAUAUUAGG